AUAGACAGAUGCCCUGUGCUAAUAAUGCAUUAGAAAUAUUCCUGCCUACAAACCACAUUUUUCUAAACUGAGUUAUGAUUUACCUGGAAAAUUGAUUUACUAUUUGAUUUAAUAGGGAAAUUGGCUGUGUGAAACUGGCUACUAUGAGGAACCAUUUUCAAAUCAAAUAACCACCUUCAGUCUUCAUUUGUUCAAUUAUAUCUUUCCUCAUUUUUUUUCAGAACAGAUUUGAGACACUCGGGUAUUUCACAUUUUGUAAAUUUGAAUUUUUGUAUUUGGGUUUGUGAACACUGGUGGGCUGACCAUAUAAAAAUGUUUUGUAAAAAUUCUCUUCCCCUCAAAAGAAGUUCCAUAAACUUUAAAUGAUAUGCAAUGUGAAAUUUGAAAGGUUAAAAAACUUUUCUCAUAUGCAACAGAGAGUGCUUAUCAACUAGCAGAAAUUUGCUUCUCAUUGUUGAUCAAUUAAUAAUUGUAGAAUUUCAGUUCCAUUAAAAAAAUGUGUGGCCUAGACUGCGGUAUGUGCUUGCAUUUACUGUUUUAGUCACCCUAUUACAGAUGAUUAGGGAGACAUUUGUAAAUGCUCUGCUGUUUUGAAAUUAAUUCCCAGGUCAGUCAGAGAUUUUUUAAAAUAGUUUAUUUUAGGAAACAUAGACUCUUGUGGGUAUAAUAUUUACAUUAUUUAAAUUUAUGCUGAAUUUGCUGUUUGUACGAAUGAUGGGAUUCAGUUAAGUACAUUUCUAACCACUACUCUGGACAUUUCUAAAAACAAAGCAAAACUAGGAAGAAGGCAAUAAUUUACAGAGUAAGUGUAAUUUAGCUCUUAAAUACAUUAUGGUAAAAUAAGUUAUAAGCAUUAAUAGGGCAAAAGCACUUGUCUUUAAAGUCUGUGCAUAUUCAUAUUCCUAUUACCCCAGAAGGUUUUUGCUGGAGUAGUUUCUUAAUUUCUCUCUCAUUGAAUCAUUGAUAUAUUAAUAUGCUAUGGAUUAUGAUGUUAUUAAACACAUAUUAGAUGUAAUGCAGGCAAAUUUGUCUUAUAGAAACUUUAAACAAAAGGGACAUAUUAGUGUGAACAAGCCAUUUCACCAUGUACAAUGCAUACAUUUUGUAUAAGGUUUGCCACCGAAAUAAAAAUAAUAAAAGUACCAAAGUGUGCUGAAAAUCACUGUCGGGGGUGGGGUGUUGGGCAGCAGAGUAUAAAGGCAUAAUCCUUCCAUUUUUGCUUUAAAUUUCAGUUCCUCACCAUUGCCUCCAAGGUUGGUUUUUCCUUUAAGUUCAUUUUGACCUUUAAGUUCCUUCCAUCUUUCCGCGCCCAGGAAGCAGGUGUGGGAGGAAAUUGGCUACUUUAUGAACCCUCCCUUCUCCAGCCAAAAUCAUUUCAGAUUCACUCCACUCUCAAAAUUCUGUUGUAGGCUUUGUGUCUGGAUGAAACCCCUUAACACGUUGUGGAAUUUAAUACUGCAUUUUCCUAUGCUUAAAUCUAAUUCAUCUUUUAAAAAGUUUGCACAUUUCUUCCCACUUAAGGAUAUACACACAAUGGGGAAAAUGCUUGCAGGCAGAAUGCUGUGAUUGGCUCUUUGGAGGUUUCUGAAGGGGCACUGAGGUCAACUUGUUUUCCCCCCCACCUCCUCCCUAAAUUUUAGAAAUGUGAAAUCUGGCAGGGAUGUGUCUUAAACUGGGUCUGGAUGGAAAAUGAACAUAAUGACCUCUAAGCUGAUGAGCUGACACCUGAGCCCCCAUCCCCUUUAGUUUCUGCGUUGAAAUUUUGAAGAUUAUUUUCAGGAGGCUGUGACUACCGACUGAAUAGAGAAAUCAACUCCACUACUCACUGAUUCUAACCCGGUGGGUGUCUCGCGAAAACAGAAGAGUUACACCUGAGGGGAGGGUGUUUGCUCUGAACACACAGCUCAAGGACGUUCUCGACUCAGAUGGAAGGUCUCUAGGCCGUAGCUAAAACUUUCAUCCGUCCAGAUAUUCACAGUUUGAAGGGCUUCCCCCCCUGAUGUUUUUGGCAAUAAAGGGAGAAAAUCAUUUCUCCUAAGGGCAUUUGAAACUGGCAAAAUAAACAUGCUGUGCACAGCUGAGUCUCCGUAGCCUUUGUUUUCGCUGGGAGGCUGGAGGGUCGGGACAUGGACCGUCAGACUCGAGGGCUUCAUCUUUUAAAGUCUCGGUGUCCGCAAUACCGGGAUAAUCACUCCACGUGCCACCUGCGGAGGCCUCAUUUUUCUUUUCAUUUCUUAAGAAAAAGACUCCUCGUCGUCUAGGCAAGUUUGGACAACUGAUUAACUCCUGGGAACACUUGCGCAUCAGCUGAUCCCAGGUGGUGCAGACGCCUAGCGGGGACCAGGCCCCGGGGGCGCCCCCGAGGUGUCAUCUUCCCGAGCGACGGUGCACGUCUCACAUUAACACUUGGUUCCGCUUGGGUCUCUUCCAUCUCCACCCCUCCACCCAGGGGCCCUCCCUGAGCCCCUGCCACCAGCUCACCUUCUCUUUUCCUCCCACGCCCCCGGACAGGGCAUCCCUUCUGGCAGGUGGGGUUGGGGGAUGUCUAGUCCCCGGGGAAGGAGUGCAGAAGGGUUAACGAGGAGAGUCUGCGGCCAGGUGGGGCGCCCACACCCGCUCGGCCGCGGUGGGCGUCGGAGGUGAGGGGGCGCUGUUCGGGCAGCAGUGCGCCGGGCGGCGGGCGGGAGAGCUGCCAGGCUGACGGAGACGCCGGCCCGAGUGGGGGCCGCUCCGCCGCCACCGCCGCCGCUGUGAUGCGGAGCCGGUGCUGCGCCGGGCGGUGGAGUCAGAGCCCGGGCGCGGGAGCACGAGCUGCAACAUCAGCACCGGCGGCGGCGGCGGCAGCAGCAGCACCUGCACCAGCUCCCGGGCCCCGCGCUGCGCUCUCCGCCCUGCCGCGCCCGGGGCCGCCGCCCCGCGCUCUCUAUGGAUGUCAAAGCGGCCCCCAACGGGGUGGCCACCAUCGAGGACCGGAUCCUGCGGAUCACUGGCUACUAUGGCUAUUACCCGGGUUACUCCAGCCAGAAAAGUACCUCCAGAUCAUCAGUUACUCGAUGUAAACCAGGAGCCAACUGCCCCAGUUCACACAGUGGCAUCAGUAGGCAACUGUCCCCUCUUUCUGUCACCGAAGAUUCUUCUGCUCCUAUUCUUGAACUUCAGAGCCGAGGAUCUUCUGGAGUUUGCGGACAUAGAGUCGAAAGGCAGAACAGAUCAGGGGAUGAUGGAACACAGACUCAUCCUGAAAACAGCAGCCAAGAAAACAGAAUCAAGGCUCGCUGCCGGUCAUGCACGUCCAUGGUUCUGAAGGCCGUCUGGGGACUUUUGAUCAUCUUGUCAGUCUCAUCGUCUUGGGUUGGAACCACACAGAUUGUAAAAAUUACUUACAAGAACUUCUACUGUCCAUUUUUCAUGACUUGGUUUUCAACAAACUGGAACAUUAUGUUUUUCCCAGUCUACUAUUCUGGUCAUCUGGCCACUGCUCAAGAAAAGCAGUCUCCAAUGAAAAAAUUCAGGGAAUGCAGUCGGAUUUUUGGUGAAGAUGGUCUGACAUUGAAGCUCUUCCUUAAAAGAACUGCUCCCUUUUCUAUUCUAUGGACUUUGACUAAUUACCUGUAUUUACUGGCUUUAAAGAAGUUGACAGCCACGGAUGUCUCUGCUCUGUUCUGUUGUAACAAAGCCUUUGUCUUCUUGCUGUCGUGGAUCGUGCUGAAAGACAGGUUCAUGGGAGUGAGGAUAGUUGCCGCAAUAAUGGCCAUUACCGGCAUCGUCAUGAUGGCAUAUGCAGAUAAUUUCCACACGGAUUCGAUCAUAGGAGUGGCCUUUGCAGUGGGUUCAGCCUCUACGUCUGCAUUAUACAAGGUUUUGUUUAAGAUGUUUCUCGGAAGUGCCAACUUUGGUGAAGCGGCACACUUUGUCUCCACGUUGGGUUUCUUCAAUUUAAUCUUCAUCUCUUUCACCCCGGUCGUCCUGUAUUUCACCAAGGUGGAACACUGGUCCUCAUUUGCAGCUCUGCCGUGGGGCUAUCUCUGUGGGAUGGCCGGGCUGUGGCUGGCCUUCAACAUCCUGGUGAAUGUCGGCGUGGUGCUGACAUACCCAAUCCUGAUCUCCAUUGGGACAGUGCUCAGCGUUCCUGGAAAUGCAGCUGUGGAUCUCCUGAAGCAGGAGGUGAUAUUCAAUGUUGUCCGCCUGGCCGCUACAAUCAUCAUCUGCAUUGGGUUUCUGCUGAUGCUCUUGCCAGAGGAGUGGGAUGAAAUUACCCUCAGAUUCAUCAAUAGCCUGAAGGAAAAGAAGAGCGAGGAGCAUGUGGACGACAUUACUGAUUCCAAUGUACAUCUGCGGAGCAGAAGCAGGGCCAAUGGGACAGUGUCUAUACCACUGGCUUAAGGAGGGACCCAUUUUGAAUGCACGUGUAUGUAUAUUCUGUGAAUAUAAUAGAAUUUUCUCACUACCGGUACACUCAAAUGACAAUAUUAACUCUGAAUUUGGAUAAGUCAUAUGUGAAACAAUGCCAAUGAUAAAAGUUUACAUUUAUAUGCUUAUCAAGGAACUGGUGUAAAUGAUCAU